CCCCCGCCCCGGCUGUCGGUGCCGCCGGCGGGGGAGCGAGGCGCCGCCGGGGCAGGCCGCCCCAAGAUGGCUGCCGGCGCCUGGUGUGAGGGGAGCUGCGCGGCAGCCAUGGGGGAGCAGGGCGGCGGCAGGGACAGCGAUAGCGACGAGACCAUCGUGGAGGGCUCCCUGACGGAGAGUGAUGUGGAGGAAGGGGAGCUCAUUAGGAGGAGGUUGCCAUUUAAUUAUAAGGACAUGGCUUUGACAACUGAAAUAAUUAAUAAAGGACCUUCCUCUCCAGAAAUCUCUUUUAUACAGAAAUUUUGUGGUAACACAUAUAGUCAGGAGGAAGAACAGAUAAAUCCAAUACCUCAAAAGGCAUAUGCAUCUGACCAGUCUCAGCCUCUACUGCAGGGUUGGAUGAAGCAUCUGUCACUUACUGAAAAUAUUUCUAAGUCUGGUUAUUCACUAAAUCCUGCAGUAGAGGGGAAGCAAAAUAAUUCCGUAGAUAUCAAAUUGAAUGGUUUCCAGAAAAAUCCAGAAGAAAAGCCUGUGGGUGAUCAGCAGGGAGAGAAAAAAGUAAUUUCAGAUUACUGGGAUGCCACCUCUAGUGAAAAGCAAACUGGUGAGGGGAGUUCAUAUUCAGUGGAGGCUGCAGCAUCUGCAGAAAUAGACCAAACAACAUCAAUGAAAGAGAUGAAGUUAAGAGAGACCUCCUUGAGAAAGUGCAGAGAUUAUGUUUCCAGUCAUUGCCAAAUACCAGAAGAGACUCAGCAGAAGGUGCCUCACAGUGGUGGUACAGCAAGAAACACAGCUAAGGAUUUUGGUAAAAUUCAGAAAUCUACUUCCAAACACAAGCAAGAUGUAGAAACAAUUCUGAAUGAGGACAGAAAAGCUAUGCAGAGAAGGAGCAAGAGAAUUGAAAACAAACAGAGACAAGAAGCCUUUGGUAGGACUUCUGCAAAUCUGGCUUGCCCCAUUUCACUUUCAAGAAUCAAUAGGAGCAAUAUUUAUGGUGAAGGCUUACUGUAUAGAGCUGUUGCUCAUGAAGAUGUAAACCUUGUACGUAACAUAAUAAAAGCUGGUGGAAAUGUAAAUGUUCAGGAUUAUGCUGGCUGGACUGCACUACAUAGAGCAAGUGUGGAAGGCUUUUAUGGGAUAGCAAAUGAGCUUUUGAAAGCAGGAGCUGAUGUUAAUGCUAAAGGAAGUAGACAAAUAACACCGUUGCAAGAUGCAGUUAAAGAAGGCCAUUAUAAGGUGGCAGAGUUAUUACUUUGGUAUGGAGCUGAUCCCCUAUUAAAAAAUGAGAUGGGAAGGUGUGCAUUAGAAGAAGCUGCUGAUCCGUCUAUGGUGAGACUGCUUAAAAGCUAUGUAGAAAAAUCCAGAAGAGGUUCAGUAUCAGAUGGAGAUGAUUCAAAGAAUACGUUAAAUACUGAAAGUGUAGAGGACACCAACCUGUACCAGAUUUCCCUACAGACAGGCGAGUCAGAACCAACAUGUGCAAGUCUUAUGGAUUCAGACAGCAUGGACAUAGUGCAACAGACUAAUGUAAAUGAGGUGCAGAACAUUAACACUAAUAUAUCUGAAGAUGGAAUCAGCUGCACUGAACAGACACUUCAAGCAAAUACAGAAACACAGUUGGCACACGAGCUUUUAGCAGCUACUAAUGGAGAAAGUGUUUCUGGAAGUCCUUAUGAUUCUACCAGUGGUGUAAUAAGCACCAUUCCACAAGAGGCUCCACAACCUGAGAAAGGUGGGGGGAUCCUGCUUAAUGCAGAAGGAAGUGUUGAAGCGUGUCACACUGAAACUGAAAAUGCUUGCAGUUUAGACAUCGAGCCUAUGGCUUUACAACUCCAUGAAAAGGACAUGCUUCAAAUUAGACAAAACAGAGGGGAUCUUCAGGACACCAGCUCAAAAGCAGAUUUGCAUUUUAGUGUUAAUGCAGGCAGCAAGUCUCCUUACUCAUUUCAGAUUGUGGAAAAUAUGCAGAAAGAAACCUUGCAGAAAACAGAUGAAGGAGUUUUUUCUGGAGUAAGUGGAACAGAAGGCACCGAAGAAAAUGGAGAAGGAAAUGCAAAGACCAGCAUGCUUUCACAGUUUACUGAAACAGAAGUCCAUGCUAAAAGAGUUAGAUUAGACCCCUGGGAGACAAGCCAAAGGGCAGCCUCGUAUUCCAGUAGCAGCAAAAACAAGUCUUCGUCUGAUCAAUCACAAUUCAGUCAAGCAUCAGAACCACAAAAAUCCAAGCAAUCAGAAUCCUCCCGAUCUACCAGAAAAGAAGCGGUAAUUUUAUGUGGUGCCUGUAACGUAAGAGCGGGGAGAAAGAAGGUGAAGAGAAAUGAAAAAGGGGAAACUCAGCUGCAUAUUGCUGCUAGGAGAGGAGAUUUGUCUUUGGUGAAAACUCUAAUAUCAUCUGGAAUUUGUGUCAAUGAACAGGACUAUGCAGGUUGGACAGCAAUUCAUGAAGCUUCCAAUGGGGGAUUUACUGAAGUGAUCUUAGAAUUACUGAAAGCUGGUGCUAAUGUUAACAGCAGAAGCAUGGAUGGUAUUUUGCCAAUACACGAUGCUGUUUUUUGCAACUAUUUAGAGGCAGCCAGGAUUCUACUACAGCAUGGAGCAGAUCCUUGUGAGAGGGAUGGUUCAGGGAAAAGUGCUCUGGAUAAAGCUUGUGAUGAUGAAAUGCAAGAAUUGCUGAAGUCUUACUGCGCUAUGGACUGUGUACUUCCUGUUGAGACUACUGAAGUUCCAGAAAGGAAAUGUUCUUCUAGCUCAAGAAGAUCAAAAAGUUGUUAUUGCUACUACUGUAAAAAUGAUGAUGCAACUUUGGAGCCACAACAUGAGAAAUACAAUGUGGAAACUGUUGCUGCUAUACAAUGUGUAGAAAAGGAGCAAAAAGAACUGUUGCUGCCUGAAUUGAGAACUUCCAAACAUGCAGAUGCGUCUAUGCAAAGACAGCCGCAGAUGGAAGAUACUUCGAACGAAAUACUCAUAGAACAGAAAACAGAAAGAGAUACCCUUCCUAAAAAAUACAGGUCUUCAGUGGAAUCUUUUAAAAAAGGAGCACUGAGGAAACAAUCAGAUAACCUUGCUUCUAGGCAAAACCAGGAAGAAUUCGUCCAGAAAUCACAAAAUUACAGAAAAACAAAGCAAGUGUUCAGUGCAUCAUGUUCAGAGAAGCAAAUCGCAAACUUAGUUUCCCAUGCAAAUGAUAAAAGACAAAGUUUAACUGCUGAUGAAAUUGUGUGUCCUGAGGUAGUUGCAUUUAAUAUGGGGCUUGGUGCCAGCAUGCCUAAUGGAAACAGAGUAGAAGCACCUCUCUUUUUAGAAAAUAGAUUUCCAGCUCAGGAAAGCAGCCGACAUCCACACAGCUUCUUGGAUGAGACAGGAGCAAAUAAAGAAGCAAUUACAAGGAAAGAGGCUUCUGAUCAUGCUUUGGCAUCUGAAAACAGUGUAAGAGAAUAUCCCUUUGACAACAUGUCAAAGCUGACAAAUGCUGUAGAAGUGGUGACAUUGCCUUCAGAACAUACUGUUUCCACUGCUAAAGUGAAGCGUUCACAGCAAAAAGACAUUGAUUGUGUACCCUUUGCAGAACAAGGAAACAAGUCUUUAACCCCCACUUCAGUGACCAAUGCAUUAAAUAUUGUAGGACCCCGAGGCACUGUUGUCAAUAGCAAUGUCUGUCAGCCAGGCAGUGACUGCCAGCAGGUUCUUACAGAUGGGAACCUACACAGAUAUGUAUAUAAGAAAGAAGCUUUCCAGCAGCAGCAGCAAGUAAUUUUGUCAACAUCUACAAAGAACUUCCCUAAUACUCUGCAGCAAGUGAUCCCUCAGAGUAGUGAGAACUCAUGUAAUGCUGGCUCAGCGCUUACAAAUCUUAUACCAAAAACAGAUUAUCCAGUAAACUUUGGUGAGAAAUCUUCCCAGAGCAAUAGUAAUCAAGAAUGUGAACAGAAACAAGUGAGGUGUGGAAGAAAAAGUAGGAAACCCCUUCAAUUGAUAGAUCUACUUGAAUUGGGAAGGAUUGAGCCAGGGGAAGAUGUUUUAGAAUUCAAACUGAAGGAAUUUAGCCUUAAAGCCACGCUCUUAAACAAUGGCAAGAUCAGAACCAGUGAGAGAAAAAUACUGCAGAAUCCAGUUCAGUGGGUUAAAGACCUGCUAGGAAGUGAUAUUUCUGUGACACGAAAGUAUGUGUGGAAUAAGGUUACAUACCUAGGGACACAGUUGUCAAAAUUUCUUGUUGAAGAAGUACCAGUUUCUAGCGAUUUGGAAUUACCAUCACAAGAAAGAGAGCGUUUGGGAAAUAAUUUUACCACAAGGGACCCCAGCAACCAUAACCAGCACCAUCAGAGUCCUGGUCCUGUCUCCAUUGCGCAGCAUCUUGGGAGCUUUGAUCUGAGCCACAUACAGCCAAAAACUCCAUCCUUGCCACAAACAGAAGUUGUGAAAAAAUUGCCAUGUGCUGAAAGAGGAGCAGAUGUUACCAAGGGAUUUAAGAGCUCUUCUGUCCAGUUCAACUCAGUGGAAGGUCUGUCGCAUGUUCUUCAGUUCCGUGAGAUAGUAAUGGUACGUAAAGAGGAGUUUCUACCAUGCUCUGUAAUGGAAAAGCACUGGAAUUUCUACAAAGGAUGUGAAGAUUUUGGAUUCUAAAGACUUCCUGAGUGCUAACAUUUUUUUCUUUAUAAUCGUUUAAAAGUAAACAUGUGAGCUUCUAGAACCAAGGGCUUUGUUACUGUCAUUUUGAUAAGUCAUUUGCCCAGCACUUGAAAUGGACUGAAAGACUGAGCAGAUGAGGAACAGGGGAGUACUUCGUAGCAGGUGAAGUUAACUGUCAAUAUUGAAUUUUGUGCUGUAAGAUUAAGAAAUGGGGAAGUAGAUGAGGGCUAUUACACAUUGGUGCUCAUUGUGAAUUAUAUUCUAGGUUAAUAACAUUGUAUGAAAUUCCACUGAUUUCCGUGGCUGCCCAUGCUUGAUGGGGCUGCACAGAACGAGGUGGGUAUCAACACUGAUAGUCACUUCCCACCCCUAACCUGGAACUGCUCUGCCUGAGCAUGUGCUGUCAGAAAGGCUGCAUGUUUGUGUAGUAAAAUAAGCUGUUAGGUGAAAAAUCAAGAUGGGCAGCUUUGAAAAUCACCAGCAGCUUUGCUUUAUGUGCUGUGGAUAUAUACAAACAUUUGAGAAGGGGGCAGGUGCUGGGAGAGGUUAAAAGAGGGAAAUUUGUCAUUGGAAGUGCUCGGGGGAAAUUUCAUUCAUGUUCCAGCCAAGUCUUUCUGAUGGGCAGAAAAUGUGCUGGCAUAUGGCAGGAAAUACAGUUAGCCUGUCAGCAGAACACAAAUUUUUCCAUCUAACAACAUCUUAGAUAUUCACCCCGAUCUCUGGACAAUUUCUGUUUGUUUUAAUUUUACAAUGUGUGAAUCUGCCUUGGUAGCAUAUUUAGAACACAUCUGACUGUCACUCAGUCAUAUCUGUAUUCAAAUGGCAUUCUUGCUCUUUCAUUUUCUGGAUUAGAAGAAGAGAUGAAAUAAUAGCAUGUGCUACUCCUGACUGCAGCGAAUGGGAUGAGAAAUACAUCCUGUUGAUACGUAACGGCCUCAGCUAGCUGUUUGGAGUGCAAAGAGCUGUUCUGCAGAGAUCUGAUUAGUGUCUUAAAUGGAAGUUGUUCUGUGGAGGAGAGUGGGGUCUGAUGUGCAGAGAGCUAAAGCUGUGCCCCAGUAUGCAUGAGCGAUCACAGCCUGAUGGGCUGUACAGCUAAAGAAAUACAACUACCUGGAAAUCGAAAAAGUUAAAAGCUACUGAGUGACAGGUAUUUUGUAAAGGUUGCUUUCCCACACAGGAAGACAGCAGUGUGGUCUCACAAGCUGCAGCAGCAGAACAAACCUGAAGGCCUAUUUGUUUAAAGGAAAUGUUCAUUCAAAUACUACACUUUGACUGACAAGUGAAAGCCUUUUGGUUGUUAAAAUGACUACUGAGUUACUUACAUGUUUGACAUUUUUUUCUUUGUUACAAGAUGUCUAAUAAAGUUAAUGUAUAAAAACUGGGAA